AUGGCGGGCGGACAGCGAGCCCCACAGCGUCCACGCCUCUGUUUUCUAACCUGUGUUUCUACCAUCCUACUCCUCAUCUUCUUCAGCCAAGCGUUCAGAGACAGACGGCAGGACGAGAGACACGGACGAGACAUCCCGCACUCCACAGAAUUCCCAGCAGAGCACAUCGAUCCAGCUGCCAUCGACCUCACCCCCCUGGUCAAUACUUUAAUAAAUACCAGCCAGUCGGGCUCCCGGCAGCUCUUCUCCCUCCUCAGUGUGACGUCCUACAGCUCUCUGGCUCUACAUAAACUCACCCUGUUGGUCUACAACAUUUCCAGCAUUAGAAGUAUAGAAAGCAACAAGUUGAGGAGAAGAUUCUGCUACUGCGUCACGAACGAGACCAACGAUCUGACAGACUUCACCGCCAUCCUGUUGGACGUGAUGGGAAACUCAACAAGUUACCUGCAUGAGCUCUUCAAAUCUGCCUCCAUCCUGUCAGUGAGCCAGAGGAACAACUCGGACUGUAUUUACAUCUGUGUGAUGGCAGGAAAGAUGGGCAGAGAGCUGCCGGAGCUGUGGGAGGUCGACUCCAUCACGCCACUCUUCAACCAGACCAUCAUGGAAGGGCCGCACAGAGUCGGUAACGUCUCCUCCAUCAGACUGCCUGUCGAAUGGCACCAACUUCCCACGAAUCUGAGUCACGUCUCUCCAUCUGGGAUGAGCUCAGUGUUAACCGGCAGAGUCCACUCCACGGCACACGUUUCACCAACAGCUGUGGAGGAAACAGCUGCAACGACAGCGAAGAUCAGCACCGCCCAGCCGCUGGCAACAACUCCACAACCUGCGACCGUCACGCCACGGAGUCAGACUUCAGCCGACGGGCCGCCGACGGCACAGGAAGCAACAACGCAGGCAGCGACGACAGCACGACCAACAACUUUACAACCAACCGCGCCAACGCAGCCAACCGCCACCUUGCAAGUCACCACCGCGUCUGUUACAGCAGCUGCAGCUCCAACCGCCGUAACCCAGCUGACCACAACCAAACCCACAACCUUCUCGCCAGCUAUUAGUCCGACCCGCCUAACCGCAGCUACACACCAGCCAAGUACAACAACCCAGCACACGACUUCCACAGUUCAUCCGACGAGACUUUCACCCGUCCGUCCCACAACUGGACUGACGGUGCCUCGAAGGACUACGGGGCCUCUUAGCGGGAGAACUACAACACCCAGCAAGCCUGUGGAAAAACCAGGUUGUCCUUGGAGACGUCCGGGGCCGAGCGACGCCUCGGCGUCCGGCGGCGUGACGACCGUCGGCGCUCACAAGCUGCAGCCCUGCGUCCUCGAGCUCUGCAAGUUCUUCUCUCAGUGCCUCUGCAGACCCUUCAGCCACAAGACGCGCAUGAAAAGAUACUGCGACGACAGCCACAUCUGGUAUGAAAAACACACGUCUGAGGUGUGUCGGCGGGUCCGGAGAGUCUCCUUCUCCAGAAACCUGAAACAGAGAUGCCUGACGAAGAUGUGCAAUAAGCUGUGA